UGUCCGGCGGGGCCGGGCCGGGAGGAGGUGGCGGCCGGGGCCGGGCUGGGGCCGGGGCUGCUGUUGCCGUGCGGAGCCGCCCAGCGCCGGGCGAGGAGGGGCCGGCCGGGCCCUCCCUGCAGGAUGUGGCGGCGAUGAUGGGACCCACAUUCGCAGCAAGGAGGUCCCCGGCCCACAGCCACCGCCGGGCCAUGAAGCGACGCAAGUGACGGGGACGCCGUGCCCGCGGGCCAUGGCCAGCCCGGCACCAUGGCUGCGCUGGACACAAACAGAGCUGACGCGCUGGGAGGGAGAGGAGGAGGAGGAGGAGGAGGAAGACGAAGACUUUGAAAGGCGCAUGGACGAGGAUGGGGUCAUUGGCCUGGGGGAGGAUGCCGGGAGCCCACCGUGGGGCGACGGUGAGGACCUGGAGGAAGGGUCCCUGGCAGAGGAGGGUCACUGGCAUCCGCGGCGGGACCUGGAGGAGGAGGAGGAGCAGGGCAGCUCGGGGGGGGACGAGGGGCCCUGGGGAGCGGAGAGCGAUGGGGAGCCCUACCCUGAGCUCUCCUACGAGGGCCAGUGGGGCUCGGGGUCCAGCGGCAGCCCCGAAGUACAGCGGGAUGGCCGAGGUGUCUGCCAGCCCCGCAGCUGCAGCACGGAUGGUGGUGACACCUCGGGGCUGUCGGACACCAGCCCUGGCCCCGCCACCCCGUCCCGCUGGCACCGGGGCUGGGGCACGGCCGGGGACACCGGCGGGGGGCAUGGGCAGGGCUGGACCCCGAGCCGGAGCCUCCAGCUGCGCCUCUCCACCGACGACCCCCGCCAUGCCACCAGCAUCGAGCCCGUCCCCAAGCCCCAGCCGGCUGGGACGGGGCUGCCGGCCCCUGGCACUGCUGCCUUGGCACCCACCGGGGAGCCCUGGGGUGCUGGGACCCCCCCUGCACCCCGGCUGCACGACAGGUCCCGGGUGCCCAAGAAAGCGGUGCCCACAGCGCUGCCCCCCAAGCCCGGCUGGCAUUGGUGGUCCCUGAGCCCCCAGCAGCGGCACGCGCGCGGCAAGGAGACGAGGGAUCCCUCGGGAUCGGGCACCAGUGCAGCCGAUGGCACCCAGUACGGCCGAGGGCGGCUCAACCACCCCCUGCCCGACCUCUCCAAGGUGGAGGCGCGGGUGAAGUUCGACCAGAGCUACCGGCCGCCGCGGGGCCGAGCCCUGCCCGCCCGCCCCAGCGCCCCGGGUGGCCCCAUCGGCUUCAAGUCCCCAGCCGAAAUUGUCCGGGAGGUGCUGCUGAGCAGCGGGGAAGGGGUGUCCCCACAGCCCCCCGCCGCCGCUGGGGUGCCGCAGGAGUUCAGUUCCCCCAGGCAAGCCACCGAGCUGGUGCAGCAGCUCCAGGACGACUACCACAAGCUGCUGACGAAGUACGCCGAGGCCGAGAACACCAUCGACCAGCUGCGCCUGGGCGCCAGGGUGAGCCUGUACGCCGACCCGCCACGACCCAGCCGCAACCUCGCCGUGGGCACCGUGGGCACCGGCUGCCAGGUGAUGGCCCUCAGCAUCCCGCAGCCCAGGACGGCCACUGUCAGCUCGGCCCCGGCCCCCCCGUCCUUGCCGGGUGGAGCUCCAGCACCAGGACCGUCAGACCGGGGGGGAUCACCCCAGCCUCCUUCCACCCCCCCACCCAGGGGGGGCUGCCCCACCUGCCCGGGGCCGUGUCGCUGCUCAGGGACGCAGCUGACACAGACGCUGGCGGGACAGACCCACAAGCUGCAGGCGCAGGUGGAGACCUUCGAAGGCUGGAUGCGGGCAGGGACCCCCGCGCCCCGGGAGCAGCUCCAGAGGUUUAGGAAGCUGAAGGAUGCGCAGGAUGCGCUGGAGCGGGCGUACCUGCGAGCCCGGCAGCAGCACCCGGGGGCCUCGGGGGACUUUGAUCCCGACCGUGCGGUGGAAGGGGAGAUUUUCCGCCUGGGGCUGUGCCUGGAGGAGCUGAAGGAGCGGCUGGAGCCCGGGGCCGGGCGGCAGCUCCCCCCGCAGCACCCGGCCCAGCCCCGCUGCCCCCCGGCCCCUUCCCCACCGCUGGCCGCUGGCUCCCCGCGCCCCGAGAGCCCCGCACUGGCGGAGGGUCCCCGGGGGACAGCGGGGGACAGCGAGGGGGUGACGGGGCGGUUGCCCCGGCCCCUCUGGCAUAAGCAGCUCCGAGUGGAGGAGGAUUUCGGUGACCUGCUGGCACAGUACAAGCACUUCAAGUCCUUGCCGGAGUCGCUGAGCCUGGAGCAGCUGAGCCUGGCAGAGAGCGGGUCCCAGGAGGAGGUGGAUGGACCUGCAGCAGAGGACGGUGGCCCCAGCAAGGUCCCCUGCAGGACACAGUCACUAGAGGAGGGGGCUGAUCUCGAGACCUCCCGCUUGCACCCCCCAGAGAGGAGAGCGGCGCUGCUGCCCCCCGGGGAGCCUCCACUGCCAGGGGACACGCGAGGCCACCUGUCCCUGGCCACUGCUGAGGAGCUGCCAGCCGCAGCCAAGCCCCCCCUGGGGCUCCCUGAGCCACCGCGGGCACCCCUGUCCUGUCGCAGCAGUGGGGUGGGCAGCACUGCUGCCCAGCACCGGCCCCGCAAGGAGCAGCGCAUCGUGUCACCAGAGACAGACAGUGGCUUCGUGGGCUCGGAGGCCAGCAGAGUGUCACCCCCUGUGCACACCCCUGAGCACCGGCUCCCCAGCACUGGGAUCCCCGGCUCACUGGGACCUUCCAUCCCUGUCCCCUCGACCCUCCGUCUGUCAUGGAAGAAAGAGGCAGCCCCGCUUCCCUCCGAGCCGGCACUGAUGGGCAUCUACCCCACGGGGGGGCAGGGCGGUACGGGGGGGCCCCGCCUGCCCCCCAGCACCCCCUCGCAGAGCAGCUCCCCCCCCCGCUGGGCCGAGAGCGUGGGCAGCGAGGCAGGACCCAACGGUGACGGAGCUCACACGGACUCGGAGGCGGAAGGCAGGAGUUGUGCCAGCGCUGGCAGCCGCCCCCCUGCCACGGCCAGGGACCCAGCCAGCCCCCCGCCAUCCCCUGAAACACAGUCCCCCACCCCACUGUCCCCCGACCCGACUCACUGUGACCUGCUGGGCUCACGUCUGGAGCGCGACCAGGCCAUCCGGGCGCUGCGGGAUGAGGUGUGGCGGCUGCGGCGGAGGCUGGAGGAGAGCCUGCACCGCUCCCGCAGCUAUCCCGAGGGAAAAGCCGCCCCCCGUGCCGCCCCGGCCAGGAGGCAGCCGGUGGCCAGCAGACCAUCGAGGGACACAGCACCCGCGGGGGAGCCGAGCCCCCCGGUGCGGGGCAGGGCGGCCCCCGGGGUCGCACCCACGAGGAGGGGGAGGUCGGCAUCGCUGCGGCGGGACAGGCCGGAGCUGGACCUCGAUCUGGGGCUCGGACCCGCCGGAUCCCACCCCGCUUCCCUCCCGUCUGCCGCAGCCUCCGAGUCGGAUCCCUUGCCCGCCGGGCCCCCGGCCACCCCCUCCCCGCAGAAGAGCCCUGGGAGCCCCCCGGGUGCGGUGCCGUUUCGGGGGCAGCACACGGGGACGCGGUACCAGGCGGUGACGCCACGCAGCGCUGCGGCACCCCGAGAAGAGGCGGGCACCCCGGGGUGCCCCCGGUGCCGGGGGAGCCGGACAGCGUCGGCCGGCUCCUGGGUGGGUGAUGCAGCGAGGCAGCCCCGGCACAGCACCCCGAGGAGGACACGCUGCCCCACUUGCCAGGCACCCAUGGGUCCCCCCGCACCCAACAGCAGGGACGGAGCCACGCGUGCAGAGCGUGGCCCCGGUGGUACGUCCCCCCCAGACCCCCACGUUGGUCCCCGAGCCGAGAAGCCGGAGCAGCCGGGACUUUGGUACCUGGCGGCCAGCCCUGCUGCCACCGCUGCCAUCGGCUGCCUGGCACCUGUCCCCCUCGUGCCUUACGCGCCCUCCGUGCUCUACUGCUCCCCAGCGGUACCUACCUCAGCCCCAGCUUUGGCCGGGGUCCCCCUCCAACACGCCGCGGGGCACUGGCGGGCAGAGCAUCCCCCCCGGCCGCAUGCCGCUGGCCACCACCGCUGCCUGACCCUGGACCUGGAGGGGUUGGAGGAGCUGAACCGGUCGCUGAGCCGGGCCGUGGAGGCUGCGCAGAGCAUGAGGCUCACCACCACCCGCAUGAGCCGGGCGCUGACUGCCGAGCUGAGCCGAGCACGGGACCUGCGGGGCUCCUGCCUCUUCUGAGGGUCCUGCUGGCACCUGCCAAACCCUCCCUGCCCUCGCAGGGGGCAGGAGGAGGAGGAUGAUCCCCCCAUCAGCGUCCCCACACUGGAUGCUCCCUGCCAGAUCUGGGGGCACCGGGGCUGGAGGCGUCUCCACGGGGUUCUGCACCAGCUCCCAUCACCACCCCGCUUGCCCUGGACCUCCUGCCUCGCCUGUCCGUCCAGCUGUCCGUUUUCAGGACCACCCAAGCUACAGGAGGGGGGUAAGACAUGGGCAGAGGUCACCCAAGAUCUGCACCGCCCUGCAGCACCCUGGGGUGCGAGCACAGCCCUGGCAGGAGGGCACCGUCCCCAACGGGGUGACCCCUGCAUCCCCCAAGGCAGACGCAGCUGGGCACUUCUGGGGAUUCUCCAACUUUGUGUAGGUCCUACUGCAACACGGGCCGAGCCCCCGUUGGCAGCUGCGUUUACCUCCGUGCCUGCGAUUCCCUGUUCAACCCUUUCCCAGCCUCAGGCAUCCUGCGGGGGCUCAGUGCCUGGGGCUUGACCUGUGUGCCCCCCGCCCCCGUCCUUGGACUUGAACCGAGCCAGAUCCUCCCUGGGAGAGCUCUUCUUUUUGGGGGUUUUACAUGAAUUUUUUUUUUUCUCCAAGGUAGCUAGCAAGCAGCUAGCUUUUAGGGUUGUUUGAUGAUCUAUAAUAUGUGUGUGUAUGUAUAUAUAUGUAUCUGUAUAGAUACAUAGAUAUGGUUUGGGUUUAAUUUCCAGCGUAAUCCUUCAGGCAUUUGAGGUGGUGUUUUGUUUUUUUUUUUUUGUCCAUCCUUGGAUGUGGCCACCUACAGUGUUGUCCAGGCAGAAAAAUAGAAGGAUUUGGAGUUUUCCUUGGAAUUCCCAGGGGAUCUGGGCUGGUAGAGGAAAAAUUGUCCACGGAGACCAAGGCGCGGGCAGGAUCGGGCCCCAAGGGGUCUGCAGAGCCCCUGCACCUCCAGGCUGGUUUUGUAAUGGGUUUUCAGCAAAAUAGAUGUGUCGGUGCAGCCCUGGGAGAGGUCAUGGCACCUUGGAGGUGGGUGCUUUGCACCCCACAAACCCUGGGGGACCCCCCCCCAGCACCAGGGGUCCCACGUGGGACCUGCACCCCAUGCCCCUGGGAUGGGUCUGGCCAAAUCCGCCCCCCCUCCAUCCCUGAGCAUCUCUGCCUGCAGUGCCCCUGGCUGUGUUUAUGUAGGACCUACCUAAAGUGCCCGUGUCAAAUUUAUUUAUUUUUGAAAUUUUGUUGUUGUUGUUGUACAAAGACCCACUUUGGGGGGUGGGGAAUCGCUAACGCCCCCCGCGAGUUACUCAGGUCUAGAGCAUCCCCACUGAGCCCCAAUCCUGCAGCCAGCCCGGGGCGGGGGGCACUGGGGGGCUGCCCUGGG